GGCAGUCAGUUGGACUGCCUAGAAGAAACAAGUUUAGAGAGAGAGAGAGAGAGAGAGUCAAUAAAAAAAAAACAAAAAAGAAAAGGAAAAUCUUCAAACUCUUCAUCUCUUUAUAUAUGUCGACUGGUCGUCUCUUUCACGCGUAUAUCUCAACAAAUUACCUCUUCGCCGGAAAAGCUCCCGUCGCCGGCAACUCUCCCUUUUUCCGACAUCCAAUCAAGAAAAGAGAAAUAGAAAAGAACCAGUUGAGAUUUUUGUGCUUUUCUUCUCCUCGUCACUUUUGUAAGAAUUGCCGUCGGUACUGGACUAAAGGCGGCGCUCUUCGCAACAUCCCCGUCGGUGGUGGCACCCGGAAAAACUCCAAGCGUGCGGUGGCUGCCACCGUCAAACGCCCGCCGUCUUCCUCGUCUUCGCCUUCUUUGACGAAUCCGAAUCCGAUCACGGUGCCGGAUCAUAACCCGAUCCGGGGUUACGGUGGUGGGCUGGAUAUUGCGGGGAGCUUCAGUUCAUUGCUGGCGUCAAAUGGGCAAUUUGGGAAUCUUUUGGAGGGUGUUGAUCCGAAUCAAUCGGAGAUGAAAAUGGUGGAAUUGGGUGACUUUUCUGGGUCUGGCAGGAAAUCUGCGGCGGAGGAACAGAGCACCACCGUGCCGGAGAAUUAUUUGGGUGUUCUUCAAAAUGGAGAUUCUAAUUGUUGGACUGGUGGCGGGAGUAAUGGGUGGCCUGAUCUUGCUAUUUUCACACCAGGGUCAAGUUAUCAGUAAACAGAGAUGAAAAACAGAGAAGAAAAAUCCACCAUUGUUGAUGGAAUUAAGCUUUUGUCCGUGAUCAGA